CAUGGGUAGAGAGGAGGAGGAGGGAGCAGAGGUUUGUAUGUGAGUCCUGUGUGUACGCGUGGCUGUGGUUCAGACUGUUGAAUGAGAGGGCCUUGUGCAGCUUCAGUCUGGCUGCUUCCUUUCUCUCCUGUGGAGCACAUGUCCAACGAGAGUGUGUGUACACGAGUGGAAGUGCUGACAACCAGCCAAACCACCCCACAGCUCACGAGCAGUCGGGGCACAACACAAGCCAAAAGGCAUUCCUAAUAGUCGGUAAAAGCCACCUUGUUGUCAGGGAAGCUGGCUUUAUUUUUCUUCACUGCAAUGAGCUUCUGGAGGCUCUGGAGAGCCUGGCUUGUCCAUUCCCUCAGCCAGCUUCUCCUGCUGCUGCUGUCGCUGAGCCCCAAGCAGACAGAAGCCCACCCACAGUGCCUGGACUACAAACCUCCGUUCCAGCCUCAGGAGCCACUGGUUUUCUGCAAGGAGUAUGCCAAAUUUGGCUGCUGCGACUUGGACAGGGACAGCCAGAUUUCUAAGCAGUUCUACCAAAUUAUGGACUACUUUGAUCCUUCUGGAUACAUGGCCUGUGGAAAGUACAUCCGGAGCAUUAUGUGCCAGGAAUGUUCUCCUUAUGCAGCUCACCUGUACGAUGCUGAGGAUGCCAAUACCCCCAUGCGGGAGCUCCCUGGCCUGUGUCGUGGCUACUGCUAUGAUUUCUGGCAUCAGUGCCGAUAUAGCCUCAGCCUGCUGACCAAUGACAACAUCACCUCCAUCAUUGAGGAGGAUCGUGAAAAGUUCUGUGACCACCUGGAGCUGAAGGACCCAGAAUACUGCUACCCAAAUGUUCUAUCCAGUGAUGAGUUGAAUGCAAACUUGGGUAACGUUCAGGCUGACACCAAAGGCUGUGUCCAGCUUUGUCUACAGGAGAUAGCGAAUGGCCUACGCAACCCAGUAGCGAUGAUACAUGCAGAUGACGGCACACACCGGUUCUUUGUAGCCGAGCAGCUGGGAUAUGUGUGGGUGUAUUUGCCAAAUGGCUCGAGGGUGGACAGACCCUUCCUGAACCUCACCAAGGCCGUGCUGACCUCGCCCUGGGCGGGAGAUGAGCGAGGCUUUCUCUGCAUUGCUCUGCACCCCAGGUUUAGCAUAGUGAAAAAGGCAUAUGUCUAUUACUCAGUGUCUGUCAAAAGACAGGAGAGAAUCAGGAUCAGCGAAUUCACUCUGUCUGACUCCGACAUGAACAUGCUGGACCAUUCUUCUGAGAGGACCCUUUUGGAAGUUGUGGAGCCAGCAUCAAACCACAAUGGAGGCCAGCUGCUGUUUGGUUUGGAUGGCUACCUUUAUAUCUUUAUAGGAGAUGGAGGAAGAGCGGGAGACCCUUUUGGCCAGUUUGGGAAUUCCCAAAACAAGUCCACUCUACUGGGGAAAGUCCUCCGAAUCGAUGUGGACAACAAUGACAACAGUGUCCCCUACACUAUCCCAUCCGAUAACCCUUUUGUCGGAGACAAAGACGCAAGGCCAGAAGUCUAUGCCUAUGGUGUCAGAAACAUGUGGAGGUGCUCCAUUGACAGAGGAGACCCAAUCACGAGCAAGGGGAGGGGCCGCAUGUUCUGCGGCGAUGUUGGCCAGAAUAAGUUUGAGGAGGUGGAUCUAAUUGAAAAAGGCGGCAACUACGGAUGGAGGGCAAAAGAGGGGUUCUCCUGUUAUGAUAACAAACUCUGUCUAAACUCUUCACUUGAUGAUAUCCUGCCCAUUUUCGCUUAUCCACAUAAACUGGGGAAAUCGGUAACAGGUGGUUACAUCUACAGAGGCUGUGAGAUGCCAAAUCUUAAUGGUCUCUACAUCUUUGGGGAUUUUAUGAGCGGGCGACUCAUGUCUCUAAAGGAGAACACAGACACUGGAAAGUGGGACUACACAGAGAUUUGCAUGGGGAAAGACAAGACCUGCCGCUUUCCCAAACUGAUCAACAGCUACUACAAGUAUAUUAUAUCCUUUGGGGAAGAUGAGGCAGGUGAGCUGUACUUUCUAGCUACAGGAGUGGCGAGCGCAGCUUCCAGAAGAGGAGUGGUGUAUAAGAUAGUGGAUCCAUCCAGGAGAGCACCUCCAGGCAAAUGCAGCAACAAACCCGCUCCAGUUCAAAUAAAGGGCAAACUGAUUCACUUCUACCCUAAGGAGGAGUUUGUCAUCAACAAGAAACCUACAACAACUGCUGCUCCUAAAAUAAAAGCAACUACUAAACCCAGCUUAAUCAUAACUCAAGCCAAGGCAAGGCCCACAAGAAAGCUUCCCACUGUAAAACCUCCAUUGAAUCCUACACAAGCACCAAAACCCAACCCACUAACUCCAAAGCCCAGGAAAGCUAUUCCAAAGCCUCAGAUACCAACACCAAAACCAACCUUCAGACCAGUAACUACAAACCCUGCUAUCCUCAGGAAGCAGCAGACAUUAGCUGUUACUAUGCAUCCACCUCUGGGCCAGACCACAACCACGAGACUGGGAUAUCUCACCACAUUGCGGGGGAAAUUAUCCCAGACUCCUGCACCAUCUCACACAACCAGACCACCUACCACACCUCGCAGAGCCACUACACCAAACAUGGUCCAUCCAUCCACCAAAAUGCCCCACAUCCCCAGCAAUAUCCAUCCAGACUGGGCUCCCUCAGUGACCACCCCCAGGCCUGUAUACUGGACCCCGGCUUUUAAGCCUACCUCAAAGACACACCAACCUAACUACACCCUCCCUAAAUCUGAGCAGAAGCCUCAGGAAACCACAGAAGGCAAGUCUGACCAUCCGGAGGACAAUGCUCGUAAAAGGGGGCGGGGCAAAGGCAGGAAAAGAGUAAAAGGGGGCCGGAGAAGGUCCCGUACUGGUCAGGUUAGGCUGGUCAGCGCUGAUAAUCGAUCAGAUCGUGGACGAGUGGAGAUCUUUAUAAAAGGGGAAUGGGGUACAGUUUGUGAUGACCUGUUCAACCUUAAAGCAGCGGCGGUGGUGUGCCGGCAGCUAGGCUUCCCCACAGUCAUACGGGUAGCCAAGCGGGCCGAACUGGGCCCGGGGUCCAACGAUGUCAGCAUUUUUCUGGACGACGUGGAGUGUGAAGGGACAGAGAGGACACUGCUGCACUGUAAACGUAGUAAACUAGGUAAACACAAUUGCUCACAUGAAGAGGACGUGGGGGUUGUGUGUGGCUACAAAGAGAGUGCCGUUGAGUGACCGUUCUGCCAGAGUUGCUCAUAACUGGAAAACAGACAGUAACAGAAUCAGAAAAGCACCAAUCAAAGUUCUUUCUGGUUCUUGCUUAGUAAGUCAUGAUGAAAUAAUUGAGCGCCGUCAGUCUCAGCCUGGUUUUGUCAGUGACGGAAGCAGAUUAGUAGUUAAAAUAGAUUAAGAAGACACAGAUAGCCAUCAUAAAGAAUGCUAACCCUGUAAACCACUUAAGCUGUGUGUCAUUCUGUAGACUCUGUCAUGUCCAUUUUAGGAGCUCUGUGUUUAAGCUGAAUAUCUCUAUUACAAAAAACAAAUACUAUUUUCAAGCCCUGUGGUAAACAAAAACAUUCCAAACCCGAUACAAGUAAUUUUUUCUGCUGAAUGUCACUGGAUCCAUUGAAUUAUCAGGUUGUUAAAGGGAAAUAUAAACAAGGCUACAUCCAUGCUAAUAGCAGGCUACCACUCUUGCACUUUGAAAUGAUGUUUCAUAACAGUGAGUCUACUAAUAAACUUGAACACUAUUAUAUACCAACACCAGCUACUUCAAAUGUACUAAACUACUGCCAAAGCAACUAAACUACCACACUGGACAAAGCUUGCCGGUUUGUUUUGAUGAGGUUGCGCAAGCAGUGUUAGCUUGCAUGAGCAAAAAUUUAGAUUAGGACUCCUUAAUGACCUUGUAAUUCCUGACUUUGAUGCUGGACCUCAUUUUCACUCUGGUGUAUCUAUUUCCUCUCAAUACUGGAUUAGGGAAAGGAAGGACCGCUGACUUAACCUCUCAUCUCAACAUCUGAGCAGUGACUGAAGACUCGAUUCGCAGCUACAAUCUAAAAAUCUAACAAUCUGAGGAAUCCUGCCCAAAACUUUGCAUUUAUACUACUGGUUGAAUUGAAGAGAGUCAAAUUCAACACUUUAUAUCAAAUUUUUUGUUGAGGCCUUUAGCCCGAUUCUAGUGAACUUUGGGCCUUGGUGGCCCAUGGAGGCUGGAGGCCUUUCUUCUAUUUAAUAACAAUCUGAGGAAUCCUACUUAAAUCCUUGAAUUUUUGCUGUUGGUUGAGUUGGGAAGAGUUAAAUUAACUCUUUCUAUCAGAAUUGUGGACACUGUAGGUAUUUUGUGGAGGCUUCUGGCUCUAUUUUGCUAAACUUGGGCCUAGUGGGUCUUGACAUUUGAUGAUCCAAAUAUGUCACCCAAAGCUUCUAAUAUCACUACUGAGGAGCCUUGGUUUGGAAAUUUGUUUACCACAGAGAGCAAAUCUCAAUUACUUCUGUCACACAGAAAAAACAGCUUAUGCUGCAUUCAUGACCAAAUAGCAACUGGGAACUUUCCAACUUUUAGGUAGGAAAAAUCCAUUUGAACAUCUCUCAAACUCAUAAUUCCCAGAAAAACUCAGAAAGUCUGAGUUUCUCAAGAGACGUCUGCAAGUUGCUACCCAGUGAUGUCAUUUAAACAUGGCAGCACCAGUAGAACAGGAGGUAACAAAAUGUUUUAAGCUUUGUAAACAGACUUUUGAGUGUCUGUAUAUGCUAUUUCUGUCAGGUUAAGCCCUUCUGUCUAAGACUUUUAAUCAAACUGCAUACUUUUGUGUCAUUGUUUGACACCAUAUCAAUGGUGAAUUGCUAUAGACUAUGCCCAUGCUUAAAACAAGUGAAGCAUUAACCUAAUAUAAAUGUUUUUCAGAGAUUCUAUACACACACAGCUGAAGCUGCAUGAACGCUUUUAGGUGGGAAGUAGGAAACUGUGAGCUUGAAAAUUCAGAAUCCAGAGUUUCUAAUAUGAGCAUGAUGCAGUUUAUGGAAUGAUGACAUAACUUAAGUGGUCUGCUGCAGAUGUGGGUAGUUCAGGUCCAAAAAAGUAAAACUCCUCACCAGGAUUUUGUUCCAACUGUCUUCUCUAAUUAGUUCAAACCAUGGAAGGGUGUCUAGACAGUUAAAACAAAACUCUGGGGUGGAACUUUUGCUUUCUGGGCCCAAAUUACCCACCUCUGUCCAGUUGUAAUGCUAUUGCUAGAUUGCAGUUUUGGAGAGAGAUGUUGAUCAUCUCUGACUCAGACAAUGCUCAGGUCUUCUGCUUGGGCUUUUCUGAAUUGACAUAGACAUAGAUUGACAUUUUUCACUUUUAGAAAACGGUAGAUAACGGGUAACCUAUCCAUCGCUUUGUAGAUACCUCAGAUAAAGUUACAUGCCUUGCACACUUCCAUACACCCAUUAUAAUAUUAGCCUAUUUACAUUCAGAAACCCCUUAUCUUAUAUGCGUAUCAGGCCCAUCUGAUUGGGUUGAAAAUGUGCUUGUAAUGAAAUUCUCUGCAUGAUUUUUUCCUUUAAUUUCCUGUCACUGUCUAUGAGGAUUUUGUACAAGGCUGCCAUCUUCUGCUCUGGAAUAUACUGCACACAGACCAUGUAGAGUAGAGCUGCAUCCAUGAGAACUGGGUUUCACGCUGUUUUUGGUUGUUCUUUUCCAUUUUACAAAACUUAUAACUCUUUGUAUGCAGAUUGUGUGACUGAUCAAACACUGUAGACAUGCUUUUAGGUACUUUUCAUCUAUUUGUAAUGUUAUCAAUCAGUCAGAGGUUGGUCAACAAUUAACAUGUUGAGGGACUUUGAUAGCCCGACCCACAAGCAAGGUCAGUACACAUUGCCACUUGAAUGAACAAAGUUUUAUUAUUAUUAUUAUUAUUAUUAUUAUUAUUAUUAUUAUUAUUAUUAUU